AUGGCCACCCCAAGCACCGCCCUUCGAAGCCAGGUAAUCACCAUCUACAAAGGCACAUUGUCCUCCUUCUUAAUACUCGCGCCCGUAUUGACAUGUUAUAUCGCAGAACUUCUGUACCUGGGUCGCGAAUACCCAUUGGGUUUCGAUUACUUUCGCCCGCGAUUACACAAGGCGUUCAUGAGCAAUGCGAAGAUAUCGGAUGAAGAGGAGAUACGAAAGGGGAUCGAGAGGGCGGAGUUUGUGAAGAAAGAAAUUGAGGCUCUGUAA